AUGCACCGCACGGCCCCCGUCGACGCUUCAUCGCCCAAGUCAAGGUCCUUCGCGAGUGGCAAGUUUCGCAAACUUCACCGUGCGAUCCUCGCGCUUCAGAGACCUGAUGGUCACAUUCAACUGGAAUUUCCGGCAGAAGAUGCCAUCGAUCUUCAGACACCCCGGAUCAAUACUCCUGAAGCGGAAAGCGGAUCGUCCAAUUCCUCAAACCACGAAAGAAACGUAACCUCCAAGAAACCGAAAGCCGAAUGUGUCGAUUCCCUGUUGGUCUCGGUUCCUCCUUUGAUGAAUAUUUGCAUCCUCAUUGUGGGCACACGAGGUGAUGUUCAACCGUUCCUGGCCAUCGCUCAGCGACUACAAAGAGACGGUCACCGCGUGCGUUUGGCUACCCAUGCAGUGUACAGAGACUUCGUUAUGAGCCACGGUGUGGAGUUCUACCCGCUGGGGGGAGACCCGAAAGAACUAGCUGCUUACAUGGUCAAGACCGGUGGCCAUCUCAUUCCAACCAAAAUCGAGACGCUAACGAAAGAUGUCCCGAGAAACAGAGAGAUGAUCAAUGAAAUUGUUCUCUCCACGUGGCCUGCGGUAUCCGAUGCAGACCCUGACGGCGGAGGUCCUGGUGUUCCAGGGCCCCCAUUUCGAGCCCAAGCCAUCAUUGCUAACCCUGUUUCGUAUGGACAUAUCCACGUGGCUGAGCGUCUCGGGGUCCCGCUCCACAUCAUGUUCCCACAACCGUGGGUACCCACCAUGGCGUUUCCACAUCCACUAUCGAAUCUGGCGUACACUGGUAAAUGGCAGAAGAGGAACUAUCUCUCCUACAAACUGGUGGAUCUCAUCAUGUGGCACGGUACAGAAGGAAUAAUCAAUGAAUUCCGAACCGAAGUAUUGAAGCUGCGUCCUAUUCGCAAUGGUGACCUUGGCUCCGAGUUGCUCUUGGAUCUGAAUAUCCCCCACGCUUUCAUGUGGAGUCCUAAACUCGUACCAAAACCUGCAGAUUGGGGGAAUCUGUACGAUGUCAUUGGCACUGUUACGUUGAAAGAAGCCGCGUCCGUCUACUCUCCGUCACCAGAGCUUGAGGCAUUUCUGGGUAGUGACGGAGGUCCUAUCUUCGUCGGCUUCGGGUCCAUGAUACUAGCAAACCCUCUAGCUACGACGAAAAUGAUCAUCGAAGCAGCGAAACAGGCCAACGUUCGUGUCCUGAUCCAGUCAAGUUGGAGUAAUAUGGCUGGCGACAUUGAAAUCCCCAGCAACGUCUUCUUCAUCGGCAACUGCCCUCACGACUGGCUCAUGCCCAGAGUGUCCGCCGUUGUUCAUCAUGGCGGUGCCGGCACUACCGCUGCAGGGUUACUAGCUGGUAAACCGACCUUCAUUGUGCCAUUUUUCGGUGACCAACCUUUUUGGGGUCAAGCUGUAGUAAAUGCUCAAGUGGGUGUACCUCCCUGCCCGAUAACUCAACUUACAACCGAAAUAUUACGCAAGGCCUUCGUGGAUCUAGCAAACCCAGAGCUGCGUGAACGAGCGGAAGCGAUGCAGCGUAUUAUGCAACAAGAAGACGGCGCUGAAGAGGCCGUACGUAGCUUUUACCGUCAUCUCCCGACUCAAGAUAUGUGGUGUGACUUGGACCACCAACGUAUUGCAUCCCAGUGGAGUGUCCACGACAGGAUCAAGCUCUGUGAUCGCUGUGCGCUUGUAGUAAGAGAGCGUCAAGGUAAAAAGCACCAAAGAUUGUUACGAUACAAUGCUGUCGACUACUCUGCUCGAGGUCCAAGCUCAUUGCUGACUGGAGUAGCUACGGGAGUCAUCGUCUUCGCACACGAGCUGACUGGGGCAUUCACUGGAGUAUUAGUACAACCAGCGAAAGGCUUGAUUAAGGGAGGAAUCGUAGGCGGAAUCAAAGGAACAGCGGCUGGAGUGUAUUAUUUGCUAGUGCGACCAGUACACGGGGCUCUGCUGCUGGCAGACCAUGCAGCUACAGGGCAAAAGAACGCGAAUCGAGAAGAAGGGCAUCGCAAAUUGAACAGUGUGUUCGACCGACAUUUGAUGGCGGCACUUGGAGCAGAAGACGGACUUGUUGACACGUUCUGCUUGGCAGUUGGGCCCAAUGCUGUUGACAUCGUGAUUUUUGCGCGACAAAAAGACCGCGAGAAGAUGCUGAAGCAACUACGAAAUGCCGUAAAGAAGCGCUACCGCGCGCGUUAUGAGUCCCUAUUGAAAGCAGAAAGGGCCCAACAACUUGCGUUGCACAAGGAAGGCAUCUUGUUUUCUGCUCGUGUGGAGCCUCAGAGUCGGUACGACCAGCCAUUACAAGAAUUUCCUAGCAACGACGUAACUCUUCUCGAUGCAGACGUUAUCACUAGCGUUGAAUGCGUUGAUAUGGUCAAAAUCAAAGCGUCUACCAUCGAACUGAAGACUUCUACGCUUACACCGACCGGAGUUGUGGAAAUAUCGCUGGACGUGUCUGAAUCAGCCGAUGUAGUGGAACCGUCGACUAUUGCUGAAUGGGAAGCGUAUUCAAGUGUAAACAAAGCACCGGGUACAGAGCAAUCAAUCCCAGUUAUGAAUGUGUGUCUCGCGGCUAUCGGCACGUGGAACAAUGGCGUGAAGCAGUUUGUGGCCAUUGGGAUCAAGCUCAAGGAACAGGGACAUCGCGUGCGUGUUGCAGCUAACGAACGCUUUCGCACUGAGAUCAUGUUGCGCGGUUUGGAGUUUUAUCCACUUGCUGGGGCACCCGAAAGUGUUCAGGAUUUUGCCAAGUUUGUGUACGAAAGUCAAAACGCAGCGCGGGCGGCAGUUCCUGGUCGUCUCGGUACAGGCGCCAUUCAAGCCUUCAAGGAGCUUAUUUACUCGCUGUGGCCAGCAGCGUAUGGAUCGGACCCUCAUGGCGGCGGUGCAAACAUUCCUGGAGUUCAUUUUCGCGCAGAUUCACUCUUUUGGCAUCCGCUGCUGCUUGGUCACGUUCACGUAGCAGAACGACUCGGGAUUCCACUUCAAUGCGCGAGUUUGGAUCCUCUCUCCCCGACAUACUCUUUUCCUCAUCCUCUGAGCUCCAUCAACGGCCUUGAACCGGCAAUCAUGACCUUGAGUCAGAGCAACUUGCUGACGUAUGGCGUUGUUGACACCACACUCUGGCACGGCGGUGUACAAGAAGUGUUGACCCAGUUUCGCGCCUUCAUUGGUCUCAACAAACGUUGCGAUCUACCUGAUCCUCUGGUUCGAUGGGAUAUUCCCCACAUUUACCUUUGGAAUCCUGCGUUGCUACCGAAGCCACUGGACUGGGGAGCGGAUGUAUCAGUUAUUGGUCAUGUGACGCUAGGAAAUACCGACGGUCUUAACCGGAAACUACGUAAGAAGCGCGACAAAGAAAACAAAAAAUUCAAGUGGCCCGAAGAACUCGCAAAAUUCGCGUUCCAGACGUCAACACCGUCAAUUAUCUACUUUGGAGUCUCCACGCGGUUGAUGACAACCGAUGAUCUAGAUGAAUUACUAACGAAGAUUGAUACUGCUGCCACUACACUGGAUUCCCAAGUCCGCAUCAUCUUCCAGACUCGCGAGGUAGGCGAUAAAAAGCGAGCAUCCUACCAGUCUGUCAACGUCCUCCAGAUUCCCAGCGACCUCCAUUAUGCUCGCAUUUUUCAAGAACAAAACGUGGUUGCAGCGAUCCACUGGGGUGAGCCAGACAUCACUGCUGAAGCUCUCUCGACUGGCAAACCCGUGGGUAUCUGCGGUACUCACUCAUUGCAAUACUUCAUGGCGUGCGUGUGUGAACAGGCCCAGGUCGGUCUGCCACUAAUCGACUGGAAAACGUGCACGGCGGAGUCUCUAGAGUCGAAUUUCAGGGAUCUCCUUCAACCGGAUACUCGAGAGAAGGCGCAGAGAUUAUCCACCACAUUCGAUAGAGAGAAACCAGUUAAGGCCGCGGUUGAGGCCUUUUACGCCAAUCUGCCGAUAGCAGCCAUGCAGUGUGAUGUGGAACCGAACAAGAUCGCACGGGUGUUUGAUCCGCGGCACAAACUCAAAUUGUCACUCCAAGCCUACGUGGCUGUGCAACCUCGACGGGACGAGAGCAAAGGCUUCGAACCGUACAAGCCUCUUCGAUACGGUGGACACCAACCUCCGACAUUUUCCAUCCGUGAUAGUUCACAAGAAUCACGAAUUGUUAAACCAGUUCGUAAGUACGAUGUGGUGCGUUUAACGCUGGAUAUGCUGGAGAACCCGACAAACGAUCAAAGUUACGCGUCAAGUAACACGUCAACGGUGUCGAGUCCAUCCAGUUCUCGUGUCACUUCGACGCAGAUUGCAUUGUUCUGGUCUUCGGCUGAAGAGGAGGCAGCAGUGCGUAAAGCCACGAUCGCAGCCUACGAUCGCCUCGUCAAGAUGCUGAAGAACACGAGUAAACGUGAAGCGAUGAUGCGAUUCUUUGGAGUGGGUAACGAGGCGAGACGACGUCAAGAAGAACUGCUGUACAUGUCGGUGGAGUAGAUAGUAGUAAUGAACUAAAUCAACAUUAAACAAUGUAAGCAACUUAGGGAGA